AUGCGGCUUCCAGUGUCUGUCGCUCUGGUGCUGAGCAUGCUGCUCUUGUGGCUCCUUGGUGCUGUCUUUACGCCUACGGAAGAGAGAGGAGGCGUGCUGGUGCUGUCGGUGGCAGAUGUAAUCCUCCGCCACAUUCGUCCGUGGGUCUACGUCACGGCUGGCUUUUACCACCCGUCCAUUGUGCAGCUGCUGUUUGUCCUUCCAUUGGCUUUUGGUCUCGCAAAGCGCGUGGAGCCAGAGCUGGGCGCUCUGAACCUUGUGCGGCUGUUGCUGUUUGCAAACACUGCAGCGGCGAUCGUGCUUUUUGUGAACCUCUUUAUGCUCUACGUCGUCUUCCGGGACCCGAUCUAUUUGGAGAAGAGUUUUUCCGGCUUUACAGGCGGGAUCACUGCCUUGUUGGUGGCUUUUAUGAAGCCGACACCACUGGCAACGGCGUCUUUGUUUCCGGGAGUUCCACUUCGAUUCUACCCGCUCAUAGCUUGCGUUGUGUUCUCACUUUGUACGCUGGCGGGGAUGAUGUUCACAGCUGUGUCAGCUGUCAGCUCGAUUCUUGUGAGUGCUGGGCCAUUUUCUGUGCUCGGAGGCUACUUCGGGUGGUACUACCUUCGUUUUCUCAACAAGAACCGGGACCGGACUGUGGGCGAUGUGUCGAACGAGUUCGCGCUGGUGAUCUUACUUCCGGACGUCUGCACGCCACUCGUCGGUCCUCUCGCGAACUUCUGCUUUAACGUAGUCAAGCUUUGUGGAUUCUUCAAGACGCGCGCAGCUCAGAGACCAACAAUGCUGCCGAUUCUUACAGAAAUCAAGAACGACCCGAUCGCUGAACGUCGAAAGGCACGUGCGAUGAGGGCUCUGGACGAAAAACUGGCGAAACUGGCUUGUGCUGGGCACGACAAUGGAUCGCCGUCUCUGUUGGCCGUGCAAGUCCACGAAGACGAAGAGUAG